UUCUAACCUCAACCUUACUAACCCUGCGAAACCUAUUUAUUAUUCGUAUUUAUAAAUAAAAUUAAUUGGACAUUAGUGAUGUACCGCGUCCUAUAUAGGCGACUGCUGACAGUGCCACUUACGGUGGACGUGCGCGCUAUCCACAGCUCAGCACCGUUGUUUGCCGCUGUCAAGAAAACAACAUCCGCCGCUGGAGGAGUAAUGGGGUUAGGCAAAGGCAAAAAGAAGCUAGGCAAGCUGGGUACCAUGGAGAAGCGUGAACUGCCAGUAGAGACCGACCCACAGAAGCUAGUCACUCAAGUGUGUGGCGCCAAUAUCUAUACCACAGGAGAAGACCCCAAGCUGGGCCCAGACAGCGAGUACCCCGACUGGCUCUGGGAGCUGCACACGGACCCCGCGCCGCCGCUGGAGUCGCUGGAUCCCGACACGAAGGCCUACUGGCUGCGCGUGCGCGCCGCAGGCAUGCGCCGCAAUAACAAGCUACGGUCGCUGCGCAAGUUUUAGAUUUUAUAAUUGCCUUUGUCUCUGGAAUGUCUCGUUUAAUUUAAAUGUUGCUUUUUUUAUGAAAUGAUGUUGUAUGCAGUGUACGGCAACAGGAGGCCAAAUUUUUAUGGUGUUAUUUUCAUAGUUAAUAUCACAUUUCAACAAAGUGAAGGUGCACAGAAAUUUUAACGAAAGUAGUCAAGGUUUAGAGAGCAGUGCCUUUGUGUUGAAAUUUUUUACCUCUUGGACAGUGUUCGAGGAAAUGUAUUUCAUAGUUAAAUUAAAAGAGAUAUUAGAAGUGGUUUCCUGUGUGGUUCAUUGAGAAAAUUCAGAAUAAAUGAGGAUGGCUAGUUUUUAAGUAGGAAGUGUAAAUAAAAUGUUAGUUUUUACAUGUAGUCUUUUUCUUCCAGACUCUUUUCCGAGAAUACGUAUAGCUCUAAAGCUCUAAUCUUAGAAGUUUAUGCUAGAAGAAGCAUAGGUACCUACAUUUUACUUACUAACUUUUGCCCGAAACCUCCUCGUCUGCGUGGAAUGACGAUGAUGACGAUUGAUAACAAGUAACUGUCAAUUUUAUUUGUGACACACUUUUAUUGCUGACUGUACUCCUUCUCAUUUGCAUGUCUAUCGAGUACUUCUAAUGAGCCAAUGAGUAAGACCUUUCUAAUGAGCCUAAACUUGAUGUGUUUGUGUUUUUCCAUCGAGGAGUUCCUUUGGCUAUCUACCGGCUGCAUCAUAAGAACACCUCCAUGUUAGCAUAUUAUUGCAUUGUCCCCGGAAUUACGAUAGUACUCGAAAUUUCAACUGAAUCAGAUACCGGGAAGUGGUUUAAAUUUUAGUUACAAGAUUUGAAGCACUGUAUAUAUAUGUAUACAAAGGUAGGUAGGUAUAUACGCAGUGAAGCUAAAUAAAAGUGUGUAAAAAAACUAAUUAUAGGACCAUGUAAUAGCAAAUAUUACAAAACUAAAUUACUAUUAAUAAUAAUCAAAUCAUCCCGAUAUACUCCUAUUUCUUAGCAAAGUAGUUUGUCACAUCGAGUUAAAUUAAUUGACUUGAAUAUUCUUGCAUAAUAAAAUACCAUAUUGUAAUUUGUUUGCAUUCUGCUACAUACCUAAAGAAAUACACUAUUGACUAGGUAUAGCAUAUCACAUCGCCGGCGCGCACGCCUGCACCUAUAGAUUUUUCGUUUGUUGUUGAGAAUUUUUGUUUAGUGAACAUAAGUGCAAUUUAUGGUAACAAAAAAAUUACCAUGUUUUAUUAUUGAUUUCACCUACGACUCCUGUAAUGACUCUGAUUUGUAAUAAAUAAAAAAAAUUUGAAUAGUGUUUUUUGAAACUUUCAAAAUUUCUCGAGAUACUCGAGAAAUCCUGGUCGAUAAUUCCCGUGCCCCUAGAAAUAAAAACCGGCCAAGUGCGAGUCGGAUUCGCGUUCCAAGGGUUCCGUACAUUACACAAUUUAAACAAUGUAUUUUUUAUGUGAAACGUGCUUGAAACGUGAGUGAAAUGACUAAAAAACCCGUAGGGGUCGGAUCAAAAACUAUGUAAUUAAGUCCGACUCACGCUUGACUGCACAUUUCUAAUAGGUUUUCCUGUAAUCUAUAGAUAAAGAUCUAUUUUGUGUAUUUUUUUCAAAAUUUUAGACCCAGUAGUUCCGGAGAUAAAGGGGGGGGAAUGGUCAUUUUUUGCCUAUUUUCUUGAAUAACUUCUAAACUGUUUAUCCUAAAAUUAUAAAAAAUAUAUAUUUGAGAUUCUCACAAUGAGCUCUUUCAUUUGAUAUGUAACACGACACGAUAUAGUUUGAAAAACUUUAUAUUUUUAUUUUCUCAUUUACCCCCCGAAAGUGGCUCCCGUGUUUAUAAUUCAUUUGUUUACGUUCCAUGUCCGUCUUUGGGUCACAAACUUACAUAUGUAUACCAAAUUUCAACUUAAUUGGUCCAAUAGUUUCGGAGAAAAUAGGCUGUGACAGACGGACAGACAGACAGACGCACGAGUGAUCCUAUAAGGGUUCCGUUUUUUCCUUAUGAGGUACGGAACCCUAAAAAGGUCGAGAAACCAGAAACCCUAGUAGGUACGCUUAGGUGUUUUGGAGGGACACAGAGUUCAUGUUGCUGCUUCAAUGCAAUAAAAAAUUGGAUAUUAAAUCGUAAACAUUGUAUUUAAACUUUUGAACAUUUUCGUCACAACAAUAUUUUAUAAAACACACA